UGUCAUACUAGUCUACCGAUCAAUACAGUGUGUAGAACUAGGCAGUGAUGUUCCCAGUUAUUCCAUCUUAAAUCUUAAUGUAGUUAAAUAAAUGUUGUAUUGUCAAGUGAUUACAAUGUAGUUGAGUGAGUUAACUGUUUACAUCAAUAUUGCUCACGAAAUAUGGUUUAAAAAAACUGUUUUUAGAGUAUACUGAGCCUAAAUAUGUCUUGAAUAGAAUAGGCCUACUGUCGUAAUGCUCCAAGUUGGUCAUUGACCAACAUGUAGUUGACGAGUGUAGUGAAUAUAGUUGAAUGGUUUAACUGUUUACAACAUCAGUUAACGCAAAUAUGGUCCAAAGAAUAAGCUGUUUUUAGAGUACUGAGCUUAAAUGUGACGUGAAUAGGCCCAAUGUUUCAAGUUGGUUAUUGUAGUGCUAAAAUGAAUGUAGUUGACGAGUGUAGUGAAUACAGUUGAAUGGGUUAACUAUUUACAGCAAUAGUCAACGCAAAUAUGGUUUGAAAAAUGAACUGUUUUUAGAGUACUGAACCUAAAGAUUAUUUGAAUGGGCCUACUGAGAAGCCAGCAAAUUUUAUGAUGAUUACGGUGACUAACAAUAACCUGAGGAAUAGGCUGCUACUUUUACAUCAGCUAAGUGUAGGAUACGAGUGUACUGCCUGUAAAAUUGGGUUUGGAUCUAGAAGAGAGCUGAUGAAUCAUCUGGAAAAAGUUCAUCUGAACCCAAAGAAAGGUGACUACAAAUGUACAAUUUGCGGAAAAAUGUUUGGAAACAAUCAAAUUUUCAGGCUUCACAGUCAAAUUCAUGGUCUAAGAGAGGUUGGCGCCAUACAGGAGAAAAUCAGGGAACAAAAAAGCAAUCUCAGCGAAAUUGAAAAGAAAAUCACGGCCAUUACUAGUCCUGCGGAAAAUAAAAAAGCAAAAAAGAAAAUUGGUCUGACGAAAGUGAGAAUGGAGGACUGUCUUCGCUGUGACCCGUGCUCCUGUAUUUACCUGGAUAAGAACGAUUACUACAAGCACAUGCGCAAUUUCCAUAAAAUCACCGAUUUGGAUUCUCUGAAAUCUUCCAACACUCCGGCUCACUUUAUGCUCGUGGAUAAACCUAAUAACAGCACAACUGGAAGAAAAUCUUCUGCGUCUAAAAGUGGAGAACAAUCGACCAACACUGCAUCUUUGACUAAAGAUUGUGAGAAGCUAUUCCAGGCUACCAUGAAAGAUAUCAUCAAGGAACGCUGGACUCAGAUGAUAUCCCGCUCUAACUUAGUGGAAGAGCCACAAAAAAUUAAAAUCAAACCGGAUCCUGAUUCUGGAUUCCCUGCUUAUAAUGUAAGCAGUUACCCAUGUAAUAAUGUAAGCAAUUUCCCAUGUAACAAUGUAAGCAGUCUCCCACCAGAGCAUUAUGACAUGUCUCACCUUUUAAGUCAGGUUGAAGUGAAGAUUGAGACUGAAGCUAUGAAUGAUCUAUGAAAGUUUUACAAUAAAUUAAUAAUAAUUUGUUAAAAAUUUUGUUUAAAAGUAUCUCAACAUUUUUAUUCUAAUAACCUAUGAUUUUGACUUAUUUUAGCUCCAUUUUCAGAGCUACUAAAGUUGAUAAAAAUUCUAUUUUAUAGUAUUUUUCCAAGAUAUUGUGAAAAAUUAGUCAAAUUCUUUCUUCUAGAGGUACAGUAUCUGUAAAAAUGACUUUGGAUAUAGUGUAGGAAAAAUCAUUUAUGAUUAAGAUGUAACCUCAAAUUUGGAAGAGGAAUAGCACAAGUUUACCUUAUUUUUCCUCUCCCUAUCAUUUUAAUGAUGUACUUAUUGUAUGAAUUAAUAAAGAAUAAAGAAUUACUGUUCAAUUAUAGUAUUAAAUAGACUUAAAACGUUGUCAAAAAUCCACUUUGAUUAUGGAAAAGUUCCGCAACAUCAACAUUCACGCUACAAACUCAGUUAUAGUAAUAAAGCUUCAUAAUUAUGACUUUUAAUUGAAGUUUCUCAAUUAAAUUGAUGAUCUUUUCUAGAAUCGCUUGUAUAUCAGCAUAGUAGAGUUUUAGAAGUUCAAAUUUUGAAGUUCAAUACUUACAUUUUUAGAGCUACUGAAAUUGGGAAUAAUUCAGAAAUUUAAUUCGUUCAAAUGCUAAUAAAUGAAUAAUCAACUAUUAUUGAACGAAAAUCCUAAUUGAAUGCUGUAAACCACCACGAAGACAUUACAAAUUAUUACAGCAUUUAAUACGGAUUACCGUUUAAUGAUAAUUAAUUUAUUAGCAUUUGAAUAAUUGUAAUAUCUCAGUAAUUCCCAUCUGAUUUAAAGCAUUUAUCAAUAAUUAAGAUUUCCGUUUAAUAAUAACUAGGUUCUGAAAUUAUCGAAAGACUAUAAAAUACAUCAAGCACCCUUUAAUUUCAGAUGUAAUAAAAUAAAAAUGUAACUCUUCUUGAUAUUUCCUAUCAUGUUACAUUAUAAGUCACACAAAGAAUCAACCGAAUUCAACCACCGUUAAAUGACAUCAAACCUGUUUGAUAGUUUCGUUAGAUGACUAUAUUUCAGGACAGUUUAAACUCAUUGAAAUUUUCAACAGACUCCUAGCGUCGUAUUUAAAAAAACGAUUCUCUAAGACGUUCUCAGCCAAGGACGCUUUGGGGUCCAAUGAGAACAGUCCUUCAAAAAUGGACCCCACACUUUAAGGGCCUUCAAAAAAAGACAAAAAUUUUUGUCCGAAGCCUGGGGUCCAAUAAGAAUUGUUGACCACCGUUUUUGUUCAAAGCCUUUUGCUGAUGACACAACAUGCAUGAUGAGCUUGUGUGUACACACAUGUUUAACACACAAGUCAUCAGUGGCCACCCUUAGUAACCAAAGUUUCCUUGACUGCGAAGGCUCUCGUGAAUCAUUUAUGAAUAAUACAGCCCAGGCUAUUUGGUUUUUCUUUCAAUUUGUAAAAAAUUUCUAGUCAAAACUGUCAUAUGAGUGUGCAAUUUUAUCCUUACUUUAGCUUUAAUUUCUCCUGUCUUAUCUGAUCAAUUUAUUGAUCAAUUAUAGUUGUAUCAUAUUAUCAAUUUGUAUAAAUUUUGUGAAAUAUAUACCUUUUCAGUCCUACUAAGGCACGAAUGUACUUACCUAAUAUUGAAAAGCAUGGCCGGAAUUUAAACUGGCACAUAUUAAUAGGCACAUGCCAUGAAUAGACAAUGAUUAAUUAUCAUAUAUCAUUAUAUUGUAAUGUGAGGUUCUUAUUUCUAGACUCUCAGGCACAUAACGUAAGUAGUCAAUUUAUUGACACUUUCAAAAUUUGCCAAAGUCAAUAAAGAAUCUAUCCCAGUAGCCUACUCGAUUGAACUGAGUACCAUUGUAGAUCAAUGAAUGGAAAAUCUCAUGGAGUUUAUGUAAUUAUAUCCUUCUAGUCCUAUAAAUAUAGAAAAACCUCUAUUGAUUUUGGAAAUAUUAUGACUCAUAUUGAUUAUGAAUCAAUAAAUUAUUAAUUAUUCAUUCUAUUAUGUAAUAUUCAUGUUUGUUAUAAUUAUUUUACUUGAUUAUUCUCUCUCUUGUGGAAUUUUAUGUAACUGUGUGUAAUAUCUCUCCUAGUCCUAUUCAAUAGUACCCAAUUAGAAUAUAAAAAACAUAUGAAAUUGUAAUCAUCUAAUGAAGAUUACUGUAUCAUCAUAUUUUUGUUAUUUCUAGUUUGUAACCUAGAGAAGAUGAUAUAUUAUAAUAGUUAUCCAUAGAUUAAAGAAAACUACCUAACUUGGAAUUGUCAAAACUAGUCAGUCAUUCAUUUCAACAUUUUAGGGAAACUAGUUCAAGUUGUAAAGAUAUGAAAAACAUAUAAAAUAUCAAUCAUCUAAUAAAGAUUAUUUUUAUAUCAUAAUUUUUUUUUUAUUUCUGGUUUGUAACCUAGUAAAGAUGAUACUCUGGUAGUUAUUCAUAUAUUGAACAAAAUAACUUGGAAAAAUUGUCAAAACUACCUAUUCAUUAAAAAUUUUCGGGAAACUAGUUCCAGUUGUUACAUCAUCAUCAAUUCCUAUAGUGAACUAGAGAAACUAUUUAUGUAAAGUAAACUAGACUGUGCUUGUGACAAUUUGAAGUCCUUUUAUUCAGUGUUCCUCCACAUUCAAUUGUAAAGAGUAAACAAUAAAAACU